AUGCAAAGAAAGUUGUCAGUUGGUGUGGCGUUCGUUGGCAAUCCCAAGGUGGUCAUACUAGAUGAGCCUUCUAGUGGUAUGGACCCCAGUGCUCGUCGUAGCAUGUGGGAUUUCCUACGUACAAAACGAGAAGGACGUAUCAUGUGCGUUACGACACACUACAUGGACGAGGCUGAUAUCCUCGCUGACCGUGUUGGUAUCAUCGGCAAUGGGAAACUCCUGGCUUAUGGUUCCACAAGCUUUCUCAAGCGUCACUAUGGUAGCGGGUACAAUGUAACGAUUGCUAAAACGGCAGAGCGUGUUUCCGACGAGCCCAUACUCAAGUGUGUUGAGGGGCAUUUGAGCGACGAAUAUCCGGUCACAGUAGUGUCGAGUAUUGGCCUUGAGCUCGGUUUGCGAAUACCCUUUGAGGCUGUUGAUGAGUUUGGGCCUAUGUUCAAGACUCUGGAUGCUGAGAAGGGCUCGCUAGGGAUAUCGUCCUAUGGUGUUUCGGUCACCAAUCUUGAGGAGGUGUUCUUGAAGGUUAGUUCGAAGUCUGAGGACCCCACGAGCAAAGAUAUAAAAUCCCAGCAUACGAAGGUCCAUGCCGACAUACCGGUGAAACGCAACAUCCUUAACCAGUUUCUGGCUUUGUCACUUCGCCGUAUACUCUACGGCUAUCGCAAGUGGAUUGCGACUCUGGCCGGUUUCAUCAUACCCUUCCUGGUCCUGUUGGCAUUGCUUGGUUUACAAAAGGCAUCAUUAGCCCUUAAGGACCCGGCCUUGUUGGUGUUGGGCCCGACAAGCAGUCCGUAUGAGCUUGGACCGUCGACUCAUGUUAGUGGUUAUUGGCAUCAUGACAAUCCUAAUGUGUUGCGAACUGUCUAUGAUGAUCAGGAAGUGCUUGUUGAUUUGUCCGAGGAGAAACUGGGCAUUUUUGAAUUCAUAGAGUGCCUCAAUUUGGAACCAUGGUACUUCAUGGCAAAGCCUAAGAAGGAGGUAGAUCCCCUAGCACCGAUGAACCAGAAGAUAUGCAAAGCGGUGACCUCAUUCUCUAAGUCGUUAUUGGGCAACAACACGGCGACCUUUGACACUACUGCAUAUGGUAUCACCAGUCGGGUGGCAUUCACUGAUAUGACUGCUAUGCAUAUGCUACCAUAUGCUAUGUCGGCUGAUUACCCCAACGCUACUAUUGUGAACCAUCCAUUGCCAGUCACCUACGGCCAGAAGANNNNUAUCAUCUUCCGAGUCAUCUUCAGCAUCACACUUAACAGGCAAAGUUGA